UGCAUGAGAGACUCAGAGCAGGUAUGUUGUAAUCAAGAAGGAAAUGCAUAGCAGUCAUAGAAGAACACAAUUAACUGAAAGCAUGAUUCUGUUCAACUCUCUUCCUGUGUGGGGGGCCCAGCCGCGUGCAUGCAGUUUUUAUGACCUGAACAACAAAGACAUGAACCCCUGUGAGCGACUGAAGGCAGAGCUCAGACUGCUGCCCCUCAUCACUAAGAUGGACCCCAUGCUACACUCACGGAAGCUAGUGACUCGAACCUGCAGUUUUGGAGAUGUAUCAUCAGUACUCAAGACCUUUCAGACGCCUUUAAGGCAGAGUGGAAAGGAGGGCUCACAAGAGGAAGGAUCACCACGGCAACGACGCAUCACUGUGGCAUCGUACAUACCACCAUCAGAAGAACAAAAUGGAGUUGUCACUGAAAAGACUGAUUCAACUGGAGUCAAAGUAAAGACACUGGAAGAACUAAACACUGAGGAAGUCUGCCAAUGGUUUAGCGGGAUUGGGCUGCAGAAGUGUAUUCCUUUUAUUAAAGGCGCCAAUUUACAGGGACCCCAGAUCGCUACAAUUGACCUCGAUACUCUUGACCUCCUGCAGCUGACAUCAGUGGAGGAAAGGGAGAAUUUCCUCUCUGCUGUCUACAGGGAGCUUCACCCCCAAGACACAACCACCCGGAUCCUUGAUAAUCUGCUGGAAACAAUUGGGCCUCACGAUGUUGAGAAAUUUACAGCAGCAUUAGUCAAUCUCAGCAAUGCAAAUUCUCGACAGCAUUCAGACUGUGUUAAUACCCCGUGCCAGUUUCAGCACAGAGUAGCCAAACGACAAAACAACAAUACUCCUAAAACACCUCAUCUGGUACAAUUGGCAAUAAAAGGAAGGAAAGGAGAAGACAAGCAGAAUGGACUAUAAUAGUCAAUAUUUAUUAAAAGAUCAUAUACACUGUGACGCUUCAAUUGGUAAUAGAUUAAAAAGGAAUUAUAGCUGUUUUAGUGUUAGUCACGCCAUUUUUGAGGUAUAUCUUUUGUAUGUCACUGCUAAUCAU